AUGAUGCAACCCACAAUAGAAUCUAAAAUCUUCAUCUUCUCGUCUCUCUCUCAUUCCAAAAUUCUUCUCGUCAAUUUUCUUUCCUACUCUUCCUUCUGCAUUAGGGUUUCCCUCCAUGCCCCACCGUUUCCCUUCUCCGCAGGUGCACUGCACCCAACGAUAGGGUUUGCACUUCAUCCCCAAUUUCUAAUAAUGAUCAAAGGGUCAUCUUUGGAGUCAUAA